UACAAAUUUCUCUCUUUCCAGUUGUCACUGUUUUAGGUGCACCUUCUCAAAUUGAAAACCAUCAUUUGUUUUUCUCAAAAACCCCCACACAUACAGAAAAAUAAAAAAUAUAAAAAAUGCAAGUUCCAUUGAUAGACAGGCUCAACGAUCUCCAAGCAGGUCUCAGUACACUGCAGAACCCAUCUUUCCCUUCUCAGAUCACUUCAACCUCCAUCGCCGGAAUCCAAUCUGUUUCCAUAGCCUACAGUUUCUGCAAAUGGGGCGCUUUGAUUCUCGCUCUAGUCGCCACCGUUGGCGGCAUAUUCAACAGAGUCACCAUCUUCAUCAUCAGGUUCCGCAACAAAGCCCCUUCACUUCCCUCAAUCUCGUUUAGCUCCGACGAUGAUUACACAAGCUCCGACAACGACGAUGCCAUUUCGGAUUUGUCAUCGUCGUCGGAGUUUGAAGACGGACACGAAAAUGAACUCUCCGUGUUUUCCAGUUUUCAACGAGUGAACGAGUAUUUUCGAGUGAGAGGCGCAAAUGGAAACGACGUCGUCGAUGAGGACGACGUUCAGAAUCAAAACGACAACAGUUGGCUUAAACGACGUCGUAGCAUUGGUGAUAUUUUUUCCCUUUCGGAAAUCGCCAACAGCAAGAGCGUCGUGAAAUUGUGGGACAGCAUAGGGUUUGGAUUGGGUCUCGAUUUCGAUGAUUACGAAGAGAGGCUGGACGGUGUCGUUUCGGGUUACGACAUCCACGAUGAGCCGUCGGGUUCCACGGCUGCAGCGUCGCGCUCUGUGGUUCUCUCCGCCGGAGAGGGCGCGCGUGGUAAUUUGGCGGUGAAGAUUUGGGACACGCGCCUCAGGAAACGGAAGCCGACGGUGGUGGCGGAGUGGGGCCGGAGCGUGGGAAAGAAUGUGCGGGUUGAAUCUGGCGGCGUUCAGAAGGUUUACGUCACUGAUGAAGGCCGUUACGGCGUUACGGUAGGUGACAUGAGGAAAGUGUUGACGCCGUUAGGCAACGUAACGGAAUCUGAUGCGGAUACUUGGUGGGAUGCUGAUGCUGUUAUUGUCUCGGACGAGCCGUAUUUGGGUGGUGAUGACCAUUCAAUGUUGAGGACAAGUUAAAUAAAUGCGAUUUCUGGUUGGCGCAUACUGUUUAAUGGGAAAGGGAAAAAAAAAAAAGAAAAUAAUGGCACUAUUGGAUAUUUUCUUGAAAAUUUUCUAAAUGUAUUUGUAUUAUUUGAUUAAUUGUAAAUUGAGUAGUAUGUGUAUAAUUAAAUUGUCAAUUGACUAGGUCGUUUAAUUUACACAACCAUAUUUUACGCGUGUGGUUUUUGGGGAAAUCUCUUGCGAGAUGCGCUUGGUUUAAAACAAGCGGUCUUAAUUCAAUAAAGUUAAUUAGUUCCGUGUAAGCUUUAAUAUUAUAUUUCAUUGGUAAUCAGAGGGAGUUUGCAAGCCGCACCCGGCGAACUCUAUGUAGAGUUUUAGAGUUCGGCAUAUUAUAUAAAUUUAGUGGGAUCAUUUGUGUUUGUUGUAUUUUUGUACAAUUUUUUUUAAAUUUACUGUCUUUUUUUUAUUUUGUCUUUUGAACGCACGUAAAAUUUAUUGUAAACGACAUUUU